AUGGCUUCAUUUCAUCUCCUUCCUUCAACACUUCCUCUCCCCCAUGUACAAUUUUCCUGUUUUCUUCCUUUCUACUCAUCAACUUACAGAGCUAAACCUAUAGAUUUAUCUCUGAUUUUCAACUUGCGUCAUUUUCAGAGCUCGUCUAAAACGCUGAAACUAAACCCACCAAGAGCUUCCACCAAUGGUGAAGGCAAUGGGGUUGUUGAAACUCCCAGUCCCACUCGCCGAGGGAGGAAAAAGGGAACUGCGUCUCCAUCUUCUUCUACAUCUGCUCAAAAGAAAACAAAGCGUUCUAAGAAACCCCAAAUCACAGAUAAAACCACAGUAGCGAACCCAUUUGAUCAUAUCUCCGAAGACGAGUCAAUUGAUUCAAUAGCAGAUAAUUACGACGAUGGAAUGGACAUACCAUACGAAGAUCCUCCAUUGAUCUGUUGCUUCGGCGCUGCACAGAAAGAAUUUGUUCCUUCAAUUCGUGUACACGAUAACCAAAUGGAUGCUGAUAAGUACUCGGAAUGGAAAAUGCUCCAAUGGGAUCCGCCGGAGUUUGCUAGGGCGCCCGGGGGAUCGCCUUCUAAUGUCGCUAUAGCUCACGUUAGGCUCGGUGGACGAGCUGCGUUCAUGGGGAAAGUAGGGAAGGACGAUUUUGGGGACGAACUCGUGUUGAUGAUGAACAAAGAGAAGGUACAGACUCGAGCUGUGAAGUUCGAUUUGAAUUCUAAAACUGCCUGUACUUACAUGAAGAUCAAGUUUGAAGAUGGAAAGUUGAAGAUGGAAACGGUGAAGGAACCGGCCGAAGAUUCUCUACUUAGCUCUGAACUCAACCUUGCGGUGCUCAAAGAGGCAAGGAUCUUCCAUUUCAAUUCAGAAGCUUUGUUGUCCACUGUAAUUGAACCAACGCUCUUCAAGGCAAUCCAGUUGUCCAAGAAGUUUGGUGGGCUUAUCUUCUUUGAUUUAAAUUUGCCAUUGCCGUUGUGGAAAUCACGCGACGAAACUCGAGAAUACAUUAAGAAAGCCUGGAAUGAAGCUGACAUCAUUGAGGUUUCAAGGCAAGAACUGGAGUUUCUCCUAGAUGAAGAAUACUAUGAAAAGAAAAGAAACUACAGGCCUCAAUACUAUGCUCAAACUAUUGAACAAACCAAGAAUCGACGAGACCAUUAUCAUUACACGCCGGAGGAGAUAUCACCCUUGUGGCACGAUCACCUCAAGUUAUUGUUCGUGACGGAUGGAACACUGCGGAUUCAUUACUAUUCUCCUUCAUUUCAUGGUGUGGCAAUCGGUACAGAAGAUGUUCUCAUCACACCCUUCACCUGUGAUAGAACGGGUUCUGGUGAUGCUGUUGUGGCUGGGAUCAUGAGAAAGCUAACUACUUUCCCUGAAAUGCUUGAAAACCAAGAUGUUUUGGAAAGGCAGCUUCGAUUCGCAAUCGCAGCUGGGAUUAUUUCUCAGUGGACAAUUGGUGCAGUGAGAGGAUUUCCCACCGAAAGUGCAACACAGAAUCUGAAAGAGCAGGUUUACGUACCAUCAAUGUGGUAGGAUGCAGAUGUCUCUCUUGUAGCAUAUUGGUUUCAAAAGAAGUAAGUUUAUUGGGUUUGCAUUUAUAUAAUUUGAGUUAUAGAACAAUCCAUUGAAUGUAUAGUAAUUCUUUCCUCUCUGGUUA